AAAAAGAGCGCAAUUUGACUCUUUACAUUACGGAAGAUUGUGCAGCAAACAUUAUCACGGGCACGAACAUACUCUUUUGUUAUUGCUGCUAAAGAAUUUCAUUUAAUUUAUUGAAGAAUCGAAUAUAGAUAAUAGUUGAAUAUGUCUAGGAAGGCUAACAAGUUUAAUACUGACAAUUAUAUGGUUGUCUAUGAAGAGUUGAUGAAAGUUUCUGAAGCUAGGGAUAACUUUCAUGAAUUUUUAAAACAAGCACACAAUGAAGAACCAAUUCUCUUCCUGAAUGAUGUCGAUGCCUAUAGAACUUUAUAUAAAAAGACAAAGGAGCAAAUUACUCAAUACACCAAUACAUGUAUUUCUCCAGGAUCAGAGACUGGAGAGUUGCAAAACAAGGAAUUCGAUACACAGUGCAUUAAAUUGAUGAGUGUUGUCGUUGAUGCUUUGAAGAAUAUUAUUGAUACAUAUAUUGGUGGAGGAAAACCAAAGGAAUUGAAUCUCAGCAAGCCAACCUAUCAACCAACAUUGGAUAUCUUCGAUAGACUUACUACACUGAUAAGUCAGAAUGAUAUGAAACCUCUGGGAUUGAUUUCAUUGUUGGAUCCUUUCGAACUUUUUGAUAGAAUUGUCUCACAUGUAGUUCUUGAUCUGAAGUAUGAUCAAUUUCCUAGAUAUGCUAGAUCUCACUUGUUGAUUAGCUUCUUGUGGAAGAAGGGAGAAGAAUUUACUCGUUCAAUUGCUUUGAACGUUUCUAAUGGUUACAGUGUUGAUGUAAGAUUUAAACCAAACGAUUUCAAGUCACAACUCAUGACUGAGAAGGACGUUUUCUUUGCCUAUACUCUUGCUGAAGACACACCUGAUUGGAAAGAAUUGACCUAUAGUGAAAAACCAAACAUGCUUCAAACCUUUGUCUCCAAGACAUCCUAUGUGAUAGGUCAGGAUAGAAUGAAGGGUAUGAAACUGUUCAAACUUGUAAUGCAUUUGCCUUACGCAGUUGAAGAUGUUUGGGCUACCUAUUGUGAUAUGGAUACAAGAUUUACACUUGAUGAAACCUUGAUGAAGGACUUUAAAUUACUCAGAUAUAUUCCACCAUCUCCAGAAGCAAUUGAGAAGAGAAACAUUACAACUUCCUCGAUGAGAGAUGUAAUAGAUAGAGAUGAGAAUUAUACAGUUGACAAUCCACCACUUGCUCUUCAAAUUGGAGCUCUUGGUAUUGAUAUGCACAUUCCACUUUUAAAGAAUAGAGAUUUGCCUCAUACCAUGACUUCUGUUUACGAUCCUUCCAUUAAUUGUUACAUGAAUAUUGGACAUACUUGUGAUAUUGAAGAAACACUCAGACCUGCAAGAAAGGAUCGUGUUGAUGCUGAAAUUCUUUUUAAUUACAUGUUCUAUAGAAUGGGUGAUCGUUCAACAAGAUUCAUCCACACUGUUUAUACAGAUCUUCACGUUAUCAUGGAUUCUGAUAUUGUACUGAAUAGAAUUUGGAAGAAGAGAAGCAAACAAUUACAAAACGGUUUUGAAACUUUGCUAGCUCUCAAGACAGAGAAUGGAACCAAAUCAAUAGAUACAACCAAGAUUAACGAUCACUUCCAAUACAUGAGAGCUGUCGAAGAAAACUUGAAGCUCAACAGAAAUUGGUAUGAAGAAUACCAGAGAAAGAAGUCAUCGAAUGUAACUGUACCUUAAAAACCAUACGCGUGUAAAUAAAACAUUUAAAAAAACAAUUUUGGAGC